AUGUCUUCCUCCUACAUCCCAGCAACCAACUCCCCAUCGCCCACCGAGGUCGCAACCCCAUCUCCAUCACCUCGGCAGCCUCAAUUCGAAUCACCUCCCCGCGCCGCCGACGCCUCCAUCCUCGCCUCCGCCCCCGACGACGACGAUGAGAUACCCGUUGAAGACUUCCCGCGCAGCCUCUCCCCCUCCCAGCGCAUCACCAUCAUAGUGCCCAAGCCCCACGAAGCCGUCCCCAUCUGGACCGAAAACAUCGCCGUCUUCUUCAACAGCCCGCGCUCCUUCACCUCCAUGAUGAAGCUGCCCGAUCCGCAGGUCGAUCCGGCCUUUUACGCGGCAGCCUGCGAUGUCAUCCGCUCCUCCAACUGGCGUCUCGAUGCCCACGGACCGUACCGCCAGUCGCUGCAAAAGUCCCAUCUCAAGCAGCUCAAGCGCAACUGGCGCCAGAGCUACCCAGAUGAGGCCAAGUACCCUUUCCCUGCGGACCCGCGUGUCCUGUUCGUCAAGCUGAAUGACGCACACCCGCUGGACGAGGACGAGGGCGUACGCAACACGACGUGGGCCCGGGCCUGUGAGGAGUUUGAUCGUGUCAAGGGCGACACGUUUACCAAGAGCAGCUUGCUGCGCAAGACGAGGGACGAUCACAUUCGCGAGAACAAGAUGGAGGGCCAAGGGGUCGAAGGCGAGGACAAACUCCAGGUUAGAAUGUACGUCCGAUACCUUGUUUGGCGCGAACACAGCGCGGCCAAGAAGGCUAGGACGACGGAUACCCAGCCCAGUCGUAGGGAGUUGGAGGCCUACUUCAACAAGGCCGAGGUGAAGAAGAAUGGGGCGACGCUGGCGAACAUCUGCCAUGAGUUCCCCGAUGCGCGGGAUAUGCAGAUGCUGGUCUACCGCAUCGAGCAGGUUGCGACCCUGACCACCCGGCCCUCCACCAACGACCACAAGAACCCCGUCGAGGCCGUCUACCUCCCCAAGGAGACUCGACCCCUCCACAAAGGCCUCGUCAGGGCCGCGGUCAAGGAGAUGUUUGAAGAUGCAAACGUCCUCCCCAUUGAAGCCCGCACCCAAAUACCCGCAAGCCUCAUGGACUACGCCGACACCCACCGCACCAGCAUCCUAGAAAUCCUCCAGAGCAUGACCAAGGCCAACCGGCAUGGCGAGUCGUUCGCCCUGUUGACUUACACAGGGCCAUCGCUUGCAGACUUCUACAUGGGGAUGGGCCAGGUGAACGGAUACACGCUGGACGACCUCCACGUGCACUUUGCCGACCACCUCUUCAACUAUGAGGAGUUCAUGGAACCGUUGGUCAAUCUGCUGUACGAAGACAGCACAGACGGCCUGUUUUACUCGCGCUUCUUCGAGGAUGGAGGGCUGGUGCGGGAUGAAAAGCGGAACAAGGCCUUGCGGCUGAGAGCUCGAGUCUUGCAGAUGCUGGACAACGCUCCUGAGGCGUUUGGCAGCCUCAUGGACGGCGUUGCCAGCUGGGAUGCAGAGACUGAGCAGUUUCUGCCAAAGGCUGUUCCGGCGACGGCACCAGCGGCACCCUCCACGCCUUCGAAGAAGCGGUCGAGAGAUGAGGAGACGGUAGAGGCGGGCCCUUCGAGCCCCAAACGUCCUCGAACCGAAGAAGCUCAGCCGGCUGAGCAGGAUACCAGGGAGGAGAAGAAGCAAUGCAGAGGGCUUACUCGUCAGAAGAAGCGAUGCAAGCUGCAGGGUAGGUGCCUCGUAAGGGAGGACUACUAUUGCAGCAAGCAUAGGAAGAACUGA